UUCAUAUUACAAAAUUUAUAUGCGUAAACCUUACUUCGAACUAAAAAUGGAUCUUAAUAUACUUAAAAAAUACAAUAUUGAGGAUAUAGAAAAUCCCUUGCCCGACGAAGCCUUCGAGUUGCUGCCCUGUCAAAAGAAAUUCAAAUUAAAACCCGAAGAUGAAAUCAGUUUGGAUAGUAUAUUCUCGGCUUUAUUAGAUCGCAUAGAACCCUCACAUAAACAGUUAAGAAAUUUAAAAUUUCAAGUGCCAGCCAAGGAGUUGUUAAACGAUAAACAGGCCAUUAUCUUUGAGGAGCAGCUGUAUAUAUCGAAAUUAAAAGAUAAUGGUUGUAAACUAAAUGAAGACUCUAAAAUUUUCCUAGAAAGUGAAUUGGAAGAAUUGGGCGAGUUUAAAUUGAAAGUAGAAGAAAGUUAUGAUGGCUAUGUGGUCUAUGGUAAAAGUAAAAUGCUAAAGGGUAAAGGAAAAUAUAAUUGUGGUCAUUCGGUAAGGGGAAAAUAUGAUGAUAAAUUAAAUUUGAUAUGUGAGAAGAGAAGUGAAUAUGAUUUUGUGGAAAAUGCUAAAAUAGAAAAAACCUUAGAUGCCCGCAUAAUAGAGGAUAAAUUAGUAACCAAACGUGAGAUCAAAAUCAAUAAUGAUAAUCAACGUUUCAAGGCGGUUAUUAAUGUCAAAGGUCGUGAUGAUGUCUUCAUUUUAGAUGGCGGUGUUUUGCUAUUAAUGCGUUAUUUAAUUAUUAAUAAUUUUCGUGGUGAUUUUCAUUAUUUCUCCAUGAAUUUAAUAGGCAAAAUUAUACGCUGCCAAUUGACCAUACGUGAGGAGCGUAAACAAAUCAAAAUGUUUCAUCGUAAUUUCAAAAAUGCUCUACACGUUACUAACACCCAAUACUUUAACAACUACCCCCAAGAAGUAUCGGAAACUUUUUAUACCGCCAAUGGCAAAAUGAUUCUACAUUAUUGGCAUAAUUUCAAUUAUCUUAUACACGAAACCAAAGGCUUCAAACCCAAAGAAGAAACAAUUGUUCCUAAACUGGAAUUAAUGUGGCGCAGUCAUAAUCAAUUAUUGGAUCAAUAUCGUUUGAAAAAGAAACUGACUUAUGAAAAUGCCAUGGAUUACUUUGAGAAACAUCCUGAGUUGUCGCAUUUCUUGCAUGACUAUGUUUUAAAUGUUUUGAAAUAUAAACCACGUAAUGUAUUGGAGUUUAGCGUAAGAUACUUUCAAAAAUUCAAGAAACCAACACAACGGUCUUAAAGGCCCAGAUCAUAUAGUAGCUACUAUAU